GCUUCAGGGCAGUUGGGUCACUAGUGCUUUGAACUGCUGCUUGUGUUAGAACACAGAAAUGGCUUGUGGAGUUCAUUUGGGGAUCUUGCUGAUUUGCUUAGUUCAAGCAGAGCAUGUGCGUUGUUUGUGGGCUACACAAGCUCGAGGACAAAACAGCAACACAUAUGUUGGCUUCUCGCAGCAGAGGGGUGGACCUGGUGGCAGCUAUCCCCAGAAUCAACUCAGACAGGCCUCUGGUUCUCCUGGCUCCGCCCAGAGCAGUAGCUUCAACACAGACCCUGACGUUAGCAGUGGUUAUAGCCAGAGGUUUCCCAGUAGCCGCUACACACAAGCUGUUUCACGGCCAGCUAAAAGUGGCUUUGCUUCAGUCAAGUUGGCUCAGAGCGGCUCUGAGUCAAAGCCUAACUGGAGAACGACCACAUUGAAUCAGGAACAUGUGCAGAAGAUGCCCAAAAAGAAGCCGUUUGCCUUUUCUGGUUCUAUUGCUGGUGGCAGUUCACUCAGCAAGUACCAUCAAACUCCGGUUAGCAAGAAGAGAACUGGACCAGGUCAGCAGGGUUCACCAGGUACUAGCCACUCUCGGUCCAGUGGUUCUGAAUCUCUUCAGAGUCCUAGAGAAAGCUUCAAGUCUUCAGCUGUUUCUGAAACGCCAGCCUCCUCUGGGAGGAACAGUUAUUCUACGGAGUCUUCCAGCCUAUCGAGUGCUGCUGCGUCACUAAGAAUCCCAGUUCGGACCAAGACCUCAUCCAGUGCUGCUGCUAGAAGAGUGUCUUCACGUCGUAGCUCUGUAGGCUCUAAACCUAGAAACAACCCCAGCCAGACUCUGGUUCCUAUGACUGUCCGUAACCCCCUUUCCUCCAGGACCAGCAGUACGGGGACCUCUGGUCAGGGGUUCGCUCCGUCCAGAAACCACUACAUCCCUCAGCGCUUUGGUGGCUUCGCUAUCAGACGGCUGAAGGAACCUGCUGACCAGAAGGAAGUGAGUGUUAGGAAGCCACAGCAGGCCUACGUGGCCCCCCAGAGGCCCCUUGCUCCUCUGCAUCAGGCCUACGUGGCCCCCCAGAAGCCCCUUGCCCUGCAGCAUCAGGACUACGUGGCCCCUCAGCGUUCCUCUGCAUCCCACAAGCCACAGGUCCUGAGUGUCCGUCCAGAGGCCAGUUGGAAGAGGAUCAGGUCCCGUGUGGACAGUAGCAGGUGCAAGAGGAGUCCUGGGAUGUGUUUUUGAAUUAAAAAAGAAAUAAUUUACAUCUUGUUUUGUGUCAUUCUUUGCUGUGUGGUGCUAGUAAAUGCUCAGC